CGGGACUCAGCCCCCGCCCGCUCUCUUUUCUAUCUGUCGAGUCGUCUUGCGCAUUCGUUCUCGCCAGUUAGGCGGGCAUUCCAUGAAGAAGCGAAUUCGUUCAUCUCUCUUGCGCUCUCUUCCCGCCAGCUAAUCUGUUGCACAGUUGUUACUAGUAAUAACGACAACGACAACGCUGCUGGCGGGACCCAAACCUCUCCCGCUUUCUCUCCUGUAUCUCCGCUUGUCCGGCGCUUUCAUCAUAUCUGUUGGCGGCCAUUCGGCGAAGAAGCGGACUCCGCCAGCCCCCGCCUGCUCUCUCUCCUAUCUCUCGACUCGUCAGACGCAUUCAUCCUCUCUGUUGGCCUGGCAUCCGAAGAAGAAGAGAACUUGUUCAUCUCUCUUGCGCUGUCUCGUUUGCCCCUAGCCCUCCUCCUGUUUCUCUCUCCACGCCUUAGACACGCUGAUACAUAGACUCAAGGUACGCACACAGAGAGUGAGCGAGAAGGAGAGAGAGAGCUAGGCCGGCCCCCAUCUAUUCGUAAACUCUUUUUCAUACGCUGCGGUCUGUUUCCGCUACACGGCAUGAGAGGGAAAACAGGCAAGUAGGUUAAGCAGAGGGGCGGGUCAGGGGACGAAGAAGAGAAAGGAGAGGCAUCAGCAGCAGCAGGCAACAGCAGCAGCACCAGAAGAAGAAGAAGAAGAAGAAGAAGAAGAAGAAGAAGAAGAAGAAAAAGAAGAAGAAGAAGACGUAAAGAGGCGGCUAUGGCGGCUAUGGCGGCUGUGGCGGGUUGUUUAACUGGGUCAUUGUCGCCUGGAUUACAAGCUGCGAAGGUCAGCAGCAGCGAGAGUGACUAUGGUGUGGGGAAUAGCGGAGCUGCGCCGUCCUGCUCCUCGUCUGUGUCUUCUUCUCUUGUACGGUCGCCUUCGCGCGACGCGGCGGCCCACGGCCGACAAGUGUGCUUCCACCGUAGCUUUCGAAGGGAGAUGAGCGGCACACGACUUGCCCUUGGUGGUGUCAAGAAGAGGAGUGGUGGCUGUGGCGCUUCGAGAGACAGGCUGUCGACGGGAGGACCAGUGCACAGUGUGAGAACAGAGAGAGGGAGGAGGGGACUAGGUGGUGUGGCGAUUGCCAUGGCGAAGAAGCCCAAGAGGGACCCGGACUACCCCUGGCCUGACAAAUUCCAAGGCGCGAAACCCGGCUUUUUGUCGUUUUUGUCGAAGUUCAAGCCCGUGUCAGGUGCCAAAGGCAAACCGCUCAUGUUACCCUUCGAGAAGCCUCUUAUCGAGCUGGAGCAGAAGAUCGUAGAGGUACGAGAGAUUGCGAAGAAGACGGGGAUGGACUUCUCCACUCAGUUGCUGGAUCUGGAGGCUAAAUAUGAGCAGCUUCGCAGGGAGAUUUAUCUGCGUCUGACACCUGUUCAGCGCCUCAGUGUUGCACGCCAUCCCAAUCGGCCUACGUUCCUCGAUCAUGUGCUCAACAUCACAGACAAGUGGGUUGAAUUGCAUGGUGACAGGGGUGGAUUUGAUGACCCAGCACUUGUCUGCGGGAUUGGGAAGAUGGAAAACAUGAGCUUCAUGUUCAUGGGACACCAGAAAGGAAGGAAUACAAAGGAGAACAUUCACCGCAACUUUGGGAUGCCGACUCCCAAUGGGUACCGGAAGGCGCUGCGUCUGAUGAGACAUGCUGCCCACCAUGGUUUCCCCAUCCUGACAUUCAUUGACACACCUGGGGCUUAUGCAGGGGUCUCUGCAGAGGAAUUGGGCCAGGGCGAGGCGAUUGCGCAUAACCUGCGCGAGAUGUUUGGGCUGAAAGUGCCAGUCAUCACAACUGUGAUCGGUGAGGGAGGAUCAGGCGGUGCACUUGCAAUUGGCUGUUGCAACAAAAUGCUCAUGCUUGAGAAUGCUGUUUACUAUACAGGAGGAUCAGGCGGUGCACUUGCAAUUGGCUGUUGCAACAAAAUGCUCAUGCUUGAGAAUGCUGUUUACUAUGUAGCAAGCCCUGAGGCAUGCGCGGCUAUUCUCUGGAAGGAUGCGACUGCAGCACCAAAGGCGACUGAAGCACUGAGAAUCACUGGAAAGGAACUUCAGCAAUUGAAUGUUGUGGAUGAAGUGAUACCUGAGCCAUUGGGGGGUGCUCACGCAGACCCUGUUCUCACAUCGAAUAAUAUCAAGCAGACCAUUCUGAGACACAUGGAUGAUCUGCUCAAAAUGAGUGGAGAUGAGUUGAUGAAGCAGCGAUUGGCCAAGUUCCGUCAGAUGGGAGCCUAUAAGGAAGUUGAGGAGGUUGAGCCUCGCAAGACCAGAAACAUGAAGCCUGCAGAUAUUCCUGUGCAAGACCAUAUUAGAACGAAGGUGGUGGUACCGUCUGUCGAUGGGGUAGUGGUGAAAAGCGCAGCUGUUGCUGAUGUAAACUCAGUGCCUGUGAACUCGACAGCUGCUCAUCUCGUCAACUAAACCGAUGCAAUUUGGGUGCAGUGGGUGAGAGAAAAGUGAGCUUUGUUAAGGAUGGUGUAUGUUCAGUAGUACUGACAGCAAUUAUGCUGUUGCAGCCCGCCGUCACGUCAAUUGAUCUUCAUGCACACACGAAGGGUCGUGUGUAUAUUUUGUGUCUGCAUACGUGUGUGUGCAUACAUUGUUGCUUUAUAAGGCCUAUAUAACUGUUUGUGACAUUGAAGCAGCAGAUGCUCUAAUGUGGAGCAAUUCGUGCUGUCGAGUGGCAAACGCAGUCACAGUGCUUUAUGGAUGGCUUGGUCUUGUCGGCAAGUGGAGCGAGGAGGAGGUAGCGAGCAGAAUGCAGAGUGGUGGGAUCAGAGGUUGAACAGGAGGAGAUCUGAAUAUUGACUUUGGAAAUGAAGGUAUGCGGUUGGUAGGGUGACCCUGGAACUAGUAUGUGAGGGGGGGUGUGCGGAUUGGGAUGAAAAUUUCUGGGCACUUCGUAUGAGGAGCCUUGCGCCACGU